AUGAGUGAUACAGAUACAGAUACGCAUUUAAACCACAGAGGAUCUGUGGUAGGAAACAGUAAAAUGGAUGAAGAUAUCGUCUAUGAGAUGGCGGACCUAGAGAAAGGUUCCCAAGAUUUUAAGACAGUUCCAAUCUAUGAUUUUGAAGAACAAGUAUCCGAAGCUGUGGUUGAAGAGACAAAAUUGUCUUUGAUAAGUAGAUUUGCUGCCAGUUUAAACGCAGAAACUAAAGGUGUUGAGCCUAUUGAAGAUGAUGAAAAGACUGAUGAUUCUAUGAUCAAUGCCGCGUCUAUGUGGUUUUCAGCAAAUAUGGUUAUUGCAGCCUACGCAUUAGGUGGUCUUGGUCCAAUGGUUUAUGGUUUAAACUUUGGUACUUCCUGUUUAGUAAUUAUAUUUUUCAAUAUAUUGGGUGCUUUUUGGGUUGCAUUUUUCUCAGUAUUUGGAUCAGAAUUUGGUUUAAGACAAAUGAUUUUAUCUAGAUUUUUAAUUGGUAAUGCAACUGCGAGAAUCUUUUGUGUCAUUAAUAUCAUUGCAUGUAUCGGUUGGGGUAUUGUAAAUACGGUGGCAUCAGCACAAUUAUUAAACAUGGUGAACAUUCCGCACGAAUGUCCUCUUUGGGCAGGUUGUCUAAUCAUUGUUGGUUGUACAGUAUUGGUUACAUUCUUUGGUUAUAAUGUUAUUCAUUUAUAUGAAAAAUGGUCCUGGGUCCCAAAUUUUGCAGUUUUCUUAGUUAUUAUCGCUCGUAUAAAAAUUUCUGGUAAGUUUGAAAAUGGCCCUUGGGGUGGUGGCCCAGCUACUGCAGCUGGUGUUUUAUCAUUUGGUACUACUGUUUUUGGGUUUGCUGCUGGUUGGACUACUUAUGCUGCGGACUAUACAGUAUAUAUGCCAAGGGACUCUAACAAAUUGAAAAUGUUCUCCUCCUUAAUGGUCGGUCUAUUACUCCCAUUGUAUUUUACUAUGUUUAUCGGGGCUGCAGCUGGUGCAGCCGCAUUAAAUGACCCGGAAUGGAAGGCUCAUUAUGACAAGAAUGGAAUUGGUGGUAUCACAUACGCUAUCUUAGUACCUAACUCCCUAAAUGGGUUUGGUCAAUUCUGUUGUGUUUUAUUAGCUAUGUCGACAGUUGCAAACAAUAUUCCAAACAUGUAUACCAUCGCUUUAUCUGUUCAAGCUUUAUGGAAGCCAUUUUCUAAAGUUCCAAGAGUUGUUUGGACCAUGGCUGGUAACGCAUUUACUUUAGGUAUCGGUAUUCCUGCAUGCUACUAUUUUGAAACAUUCAUGCAAAGUUUCAUGGAUUCGAUCGGUUACUAUCUAGCUAUUUACAUUGCCAUUUCUGCAUCUGAACAUUUCUUCUACAGAAAGGGCUUUAAGGGCUAUAAUAUUGCUGAUUGGGAUACUAUUUCCAGAUUACCAAUUGGUAUUGCAGGUACUGUUGCUUUAAUUGCAGGUGCUUUUGGUGUUGCAUUAGGUAUGUCUCAAACAUAUUGGACAGGUGAAAUUGGUGGCCUGAUUGGACCACAUGGCGGUGAUAUUGGGUUUGAAAUGGGUGGCUCCUGGGCAUUUAUUGUCUAUAAUGUCCUAAGACCACUAGAAAAGAAGUAUACUGGUCGUUAA